GUUUCAUUAUUACACAGAAGUAAUUAGCAUCUACUGCAUAAAUAUCAAUGUAAUUAUCACGCACAUUUUAAUAUCUUAAAACUGAAGAAGAAACGCAUCUGACGCUUAUGAAACUAUCUCUAAUGAACCUAAUUUUGAAAGAAAAAAAACAUACAUAUACAUCAGAAUUCAAAUUGCAGAAACAGGAAUCUUUUUAAAGAAAAUACUGACUUCAUAAUCAUCGUCAAAUAAAAAAAUGUCUCAACCGGCUAAUGUUACUGUUGCUGCUCUGGACCUUCCGGGCACAGAAUUAAAUUCAGGUGAUGGAAUCAAUGGAACAACGACGGCCAAUAUGGAUUCUGAAUCUUUAUUGAUUCGAAAUAUUGUAUCAUACGUGGGCGCUUCAGUUGCAAUCGCUGGAAUUUUACUGACGCUGCUUUCUUAUAUCGGAUACAGAAAAUUCCACAUAAAGAGGCCGCAUAUUAUAAUGGUGAAUUUGUGCAUCUGUCUCUUUUUAUACUAUCUCGCAUAUUUAAUCAGUAACCACGAGCGACAGACAACAGGAGACUCCGGUAAUGUUUGCUUAUUUGGAGCAAUAGUUUGUCAUUUCUCCGUUUUGGCUGCCUGGUUUUGGCUAUUCGUUUAUUGGAUGCUUAUACUGGUAAUGUUCAGAAGGCCUAUGGGAGGACACAUUAGUCAUUUCUUCAUCAAAGCAUCCAUUCCUGCAUAUGGAAUUUCACUCGGUAUAGCAAUUAUAUGCGCCGCUGUGGCCACCCAGCAUGUUGGAGGCAUCCAUGGCGGAGAAUAUUAUGGCCCACAAUGCUUUGUUCAUAAGCUAUAUCAAUGGGGCGGAACAAUGGUUCCUGUUGGCAUGACAUUUAUUGGGAUGUUGAUAAUAUUUGGCAUGAUAUUACACGGUGUAUUUUUUGCGAAGCAAAAUGAAAGAUUGCAAAAUUCAAGUAGCCGAAGAAACGUCAAAAUGCAUUUUAUAAGACUCACGGUCAUAACAGUAUUGCUUGCUAUAGUCAUCAUCAGCUCCUGUUUUGACCAAAGAGAGCCAAGUGAAAAAGAACUGGGCGGCAUCAUUGUAUUCAGUGCUGGCUCGUCAAUUUUGGGAUUGUCCUUGAUGGUUUUAUUCUGCCUGCACCACGAAGAAAUUCGAUCACAUUGGGUAUCAGUAAUACGUGGAGAUGAUUCUCAAAUAAGGAAACAUUCGAUAAAUCGCAACAAGUACGAAGUUGGUGGUGAUUUACCGUCGUCUAGAAAGUCGUCAACGUUGAUGGGAAAUCAUCCAUCGGUUUACAUCGAAUCCUAUGAGGACGAACGGAAAUCAUCAACCUACCGCAUUGUUGCAAAAGAGGAUACUGAUAUGAGUACACUUGGUCUAAUCCAAAUUCCAGGAACACCUUCACCAGGAAGGAACCACGACUCCAAUGCGGAAAAAUAUAAUGAUAGCGCUAAAGUGCGGCGCAAGAAGUCCGAUGCUUCUUCAAAAACGCGGCAUAUAGUCUCAACCAACAACAACGAAACCCCGCCGACAUCACCACGAAGUCCGGAUGACAAAAGUGGCACAGGGACAAAAUCUCGUAAAAAGAAGAGUCGCAGUGUAUCAACUCCCCCGGUUUCUCCGGUACAGAAAAGACCUAAAUCUGCGAAACGCCAAAUGACGUCAGACCACCUACCAACAGAAAACAAGCCAACAAGUCCUACAAAUGGACCUCCAACAGAAGGAAAGCGCAAAAAUUCUAAACGUGGAAAUUCAUCACACCGACUGUCAAAAUCACGUUUUCUACGAAAAAGCGAAAGCACUUUAGAUGAGGAUACAGUCCAACUUACUGACUUCAAAUAGUUGGGAAUGUGCGCUUCCCAUUUAUUAACACUCCACUGUCCACCAAAAUCGAAGUAUCAGAGCCGCUGAACUCCACUUUCAACGUAACCUUUCAGAGAAAAUAGCUUAUGUCAGCACUGCAGUCAGCAUCCUAUUCUUCACGAGCUUGAAUCGCCUGUUUGCAUGAUCUUUACCGAUUCUUGACCCCGGAAAUACUUCUCAUUAUUGCUGAAUUUAUACAUAUCAUUUUUUGAGUAUUCUCGCAAGGUGAAAUCAGUUCUGCACCUCCAAAAUCACCGUUUUGUCGCAUAUAAUCCAAGAAGUAACCUUCAAAAAGUCCUGACAUAAGCACAGUCUAACCCGUGUUUUGUGCAGUUUUCGACUAUUGGACCAAAAUGAAGACAUUCAAGAGGGCAAAAUAAGGUACUCCCGAAGUAUGUGAACCAAUAUGGCGGACACCGGAACGUAGUAAGUGUACCAGGUUAGGCCAUAAUUUCAGGUACAAAUACUUGGCUAGUCCCCGAACUCGUAAUAAAACCAAAAUA